GCCAAUCGCUGUUCUACGCACAGUUGACUCCUAGAUAAGGUACCAUUACCUCAUUAUUUCUCAAAUCUUUCUUUCCUAAGUAUCAAAGGCUGCCUGUCGUAAGACAUCAGAGUCUUUCUGGUCCACUUUCCAAACUUGUCGAAAUCUUGGGAUAAAUUGAACCCCAGUUGAGCUGAAAAGAGAUCAAAACUUCUCAUUUGUGUGGUACUAUUUGCUCCACCCAGGCGUUGCUACUUGUGCACAAUACAAAUUUGAUACCUCCUCUUCUUUGGGUUGCAAUUGGACGUCCAUUUCUCUUCUUUGUAAGAAGAGAAAAGCUUUUCAAAGCUCAACGACCAGUUGUCAUUUUGGGUAGUUUUGUCGGUUUAUUUCUAAAGAUUCAGACUUUAUUGGUUUGAGAAAGUUUUGAGGUGGUGGGUUUGGUUGAGAUGAGAUUUUGGCCUAGUUUCUGAAGUGGGUUCUUGGGCUGAGAGGAAAAUCCGUUAGUUUUGGUGUUUGGAUGUUCGUUUGAGGAUGAUGUCUAUGACAUGCCAUAAUCUUGAGUUUGGAAGAACAAGGUUGGACUUCUUGGCUUGUGGUUGCUCUUCCAAUGCUUCUUCUGAUCGUUUCUCUGUAAGAAAUUGUGAUAAGGGAGUUCUUAGGAAUGUUAAUAGAGGCUGCAGAGCACAGAAAUUCUUGUAUUACAGGCGGGAAAUUGGUCGAUGUCGCGCUUUUCAGACAAAGACUACAGAGGCUUUUCUCAAUGGGGUUGGAGCUGGUGCUCCCGCUGUGCUGGAUUUAGGAAAAGAACCGAAAAACACUUCUUCGCUGUCGGAUAUGUUUGAAGUGGUUGCAGAAGACCUGCUAACGCUAAACAAGAAUCUACAGUCGAUUGUCGGUGCCGAAAACCCGGUUCUGAUGUCUGCUGCGGAGCAAAUUUUUGGAGCUGGUGGCAAAAGAAUGAGACCGGCUCUAGUUUUUCUAGUUUCAAGAGCCACUGCAGAGAUUGCUGGUUUGAAGGACCUCACCAAGGAACAUAGAAGGUUGGCUGAGAUCAUUGAAAUGAUACACACUGCGAGUUUGAUCCAUGAUGAUGUAUUAGAUGAAAGUGAUAUGCGAAGAGGAAAGGAAACUGUCCAUCAACUUUACGGUACAAGAGUCGCUGUGCUGGCUGGGGAUUUUAUGUUUGCACAAUCGUCGUGGUACCUCGCAAAUCUUGAAAAUCUCGAAGUCAUAAAGCUUAUCAGUCAGGUCAUUAAAGAUUUUGCUAGUGGAGAAAUAAAGCAGGCGUCUAGCUUGUUCGACUGUGACAUUCAACUGGAUGAGUAUUUGAUCAAGAGUUACUAUAAAACAGCCUCAUUGAUCGCCGCUAGCACCAAGGGGGCCGCCAUAUUUAGUGGGGUAAGCAGUGAGACUAGCGAGCAGAUGUAUCAAUAUGGCAAGAAUUUGGGUCUAUCCUUUCAAGUUGUUGAUGAUAUAUUAGAUUUCACUCAAUCAGCUGAGCAACUGGGUAAACCUGCCGGCAGUGAUCUGGCCAAAGGAAAUUUGACAGCGCCCGUGUUAUUUGCGCUGGAGAAAGAACCAAAGUUGAGGGCUAUAAUUGAAUCCGAAUUUUGUGAGGUUGGCUCUCUUGAGCAGGCCAUUGAUAUUGUCAAGAACUCUGGGGGCGUUGAAAAGGCCCGAGAUUUGGCCCGGGAGAAGGCGGACCGGGCGGUUGAGAAUCUUCAAUGCCUACCUGCAAGUUCCUUUAGAUUGGCACUUGAACAAAUGGUGAAGUAUAACUUAGAACGAAUCCAAUGACCAAGAAAUAUUCGUUAACAUGAGCAACAGGGUGGCAUAUGAUUGUUUCUUGAUUAUGAUCAAUGCAGAAAAGGGUUCCGGAUGAAGCCUUUGCUUCUGCAGAUGUUAUCAAUGGCACGUCAACAGCAGAAGGCAGUCUGAGGUCUGUAUAUUUAUAGGUAUUGUUCAGCAAUUGUUUUAGUUACCAUCACACUGUACUAUUAUUUGUGGUCAUUUUUGGAGACAAUGGCCCGGAGGAACUACAAAAUUCAAUUGUUAGGUAUACGUCGCCACGAAGAACAAA